AUGGCGUUCGUCAGCUUCCGGACGCUCUAUCGCCAACUUUGGCGUCAGUUCUGGAAAAUGGGGGAGACACACGUUAAUUUCUUGGGAGGCUCCCCCCUGAACCGUCUAUCAUGGCUGCGGCAGUCCCCAGCAUUUCUAAAUGCAGUGGCUGCAUCACCUGCUGCUCGUUGGCUGGUCUAUCAGGGUGGCCAGCCGCUGCUUUCCACGCAGCCAGAUGGUCGUACGCGCGGCUUGGCCAGUUUUACCACGAAUGAUAUUCGACCAGUCUUGGGCUCGGAUCCUCUCUUCGGCCAAGGACGAAGUGAAGGUGAAACUGCAGCCGUAGACACUCCGGUGUUAGAAGCGGCGCGGCUCCGUGGCGCUCCUAUCGUCUUCCUAGGCUUACAUGAGCCUGAAGAAAGCAAGAGUGGCGCGCUGCCAUCCGCUGAAUUCAGCGCCAAGGGUGCAGCUGAAGCCGCUGUCGCGAACAUCGAGGGCACGCCAUACUUCACCGUGGAUGUUACGGACGUCGAUGCAGAUAAGGUCAAGGAUCUCUUAAGCGGUUCCGAAGCGGCUCAAAGGGGAGAGAAACUGGAGUUCAGUGAGCCGCGAGCAGCAAUGGGGAGCAUGGAUAUGUUUCAAGCUGCGUUAUUUGCUGAGGCGAGAAGUAUGGUCGAUUGGAACGGUAGAAAUAAGUUCUGCCCGGCUUGUGGAUCCCCGGUCUAUUCCCUUUGGGCCGGUUGGAAACUCUCAUGUUCCUCGUUGUUGCCAUGGGCCGACAAUGCGGGCAAAAAGCCAUGCCCUUCUGCCAAAGGCUUGCAUAACUUUGCGCACCCGCGAACCGACGCCGUCGUUAUCAUGGCAGUUGUGGACGAAUCAGGCGAUAAGAUUUUAUUAGGCCGGAAUAAGAAAUUCCCCGAUAAAUUUUAUUCUACACUCGCCGGAUUCAUAGAACCAGGAGAAUCGUUCGAAGAUGCCGUCAAACGAGAGAUAUGGGAGGAGGCCGGCGUAAAGGUUUGGAACGUCAAGUACCACUCAAUUCAGCCUUGGCCAUAUCCUGCCAAUUUGAUGGUGGGCUUCUAUGCCUUCGCAGAUCCGUCAUCGCCCAUUCGAGUAGAUUUGGAUAACGAGUUGGAAGAUGCCCGUUGGUUCACCCGCGCCCAGAUCUUAGAAGUUUUAAGCCACCCAGAUGGCGCAAACUUCAGUCGCAAAGACUAUCGUCGAAUGGCAGAUAUCCAAGAGAAGCAGAGCAAUUUGGAGAACACCCAACAGCAGGGUGCCGCUGCUCUUGCGCAUUCCGAUCCAAGCAUACAACAGAACAAGGCUAAACAACAAGAGAUAGAGAAGGAAGUUAGGCAGGGCAACGCGCCGCCGAUCAAGGUGCCUCCUAGGACUGCUAUCGCUGGUGUCUUGAUCAGUGACUGGGCUCACGGGCGCCUGCCUGGUGUUAGUCCAUCGGCGAAAGGCAACCUGUAG